UAUCGUGUGCCGCGAAGCGACAAACAGUGUGGUUCGAUCGAAAAGCCGCGUUACGCGUAUUGCACUUCCGUUGCAAGGACAAUACCGCUUUUGUACGCGAGUAUCGUGACAGCCCUGUUCCAACAACAGAGAUUUCGUGCCGGGAUGCAGGGAUCGUGUUUUCCGAAUCCUCCCGGUUCGAGCCUCGUCUAGCUCGCUCUCUUCGUCUCUCCUUCGUCCUCGUGUCUCGCUCUCGCUUGCCGGGGUUCUUUGUCUCCCUCUACUUUGUCCCUCCGCUUCCCGCUGCUUUCUGCCGAAACUCGGCGAAGGAAGUACGGUCGAAACGACGUGGAAGCACGUUGAACUGCUCGCUGAAAUAACGGAGACUGUUCGUUUGAUGAAGGAGGCAGGUUGCGAAACUCAGGACGCGUAAACAGGAUUAGUAAGAACGGUGAUCGUGAAUCAUCGUAGGCUUCCCUAAAUUGUAGUAAUAAGUUUCUCGGAACGUGGCACGUAAUUCGUAAGUCAUCCGCAGGGGUAAUAUAAACCAGAAGCGAUAGACGUUCGUCCUGUCAGUGGGUAAUUCUCGGGGCUUCGGACUGCGUGGCAUCCUUAGCGGCCGUUAGCGACGCGCGGCAUCGCGUCGCCUCGCGUCGCGUCGACUCGUGUCUCUCUCGCAAACUCUCUCUAACCUCCCUCUCCGCGUGCACAUACUGGUGAGCCGAUCGAGACGGCAGAGGAGCGUUGGAAGGGCUAGUGGCAGCUGUCGGUAGCGGUCGAUGCGAGCGAACGCGGCUCGAUCGAGGUCCCCUCGAGAGCGAGGCAGGCAGACGGGCCUACUUCCUCGAGGGCUCGGCAACGAUAGAACCCGUAUGCGCGUCCGUCAGUCGUGUCAGUACUUUUCAGCUCGGUCUACGGUGCAGUCGACUUUUACCAUCGAGCCUCUCUCGACCGACACGCUCGUGACUCGGCCGCACGACGAUUCGUCGAGUCUCCGUCGUUGGGUUAUGGUUUCGCGCGCGCGCGUGCUCUCGCUCACGAGUGCUCGAUCGUCGUGUGUUGCUCUCGUGCAACCGGGCUUACCAGUCUUAUGUAUGGCUACCGUGCAUCCUGUCGUUCUCGUGUCCCGUUUGUCUGACCGGUGUCUGUCGUUGUCGCGUAAUCCACGAGUUCGUCGAGUGUGAUCGCGUCUCCUUCAGGGUAGGAGAGAGAACGUGCGCGUGCACUCGGAGCGACGUUCGUUUGAUACCGCUUCCGGCACGUGGAACAUACUGCGUUCUCUUUCUCUCUCUGUUUUCGUUCGCAGCGCAUAUCGCUGCCGUCGCCUCCGAGUUUCUCUCGUGGGAGGUCAGCACCUAGCCGGUGAGUAAGCGAACAAAACCCGUCGUACCGAACACACGGAAUCGGAUGAACCAUCCUUGCUCGAAAAGUCCAGACCGACACGGUCCUUUUUUUUUUAAAGACCACCACCAUGAUUGUAUGCAACUACGCAUUUUUUUUCGUCACGUACCGCGUCUCGAUGGACAGACUCGACACUUGUUGCUCGUUUUUCUUAGCGCGCGUGGUUUGGAGGCUAAAAAAAACCCAACGAACGUGCUGCCGAUCACGAUGACGACGGCCUCUCCCGUGUUUUCGAGUUCGACCGCGACGCUGAACAUCGACGCUAAAAUUCAACGUCGAUUCGUUCAUUUUUCUCAAGAUUUUUCGUCGCAAGAUUGCCGGUUACCUUACAGUAGCAACGCGUAUCUGCGGAACGUGAGAAGGUGGAAUGUCGGCGGUACGGCAAGAUAAGACAAGAGUGAACCGUUUGCCGGGCGGGGGUGAAUCCCCCUUUGCGCUUCUCUUGUUUACGGACCGCCGUCGACCACGUGGUGAUAGAUCGCGAACUUCUUUGAAUUCGCACCACGAGAAUCGAAUUUCGUCAAUGCGUCUGUCUUCGAAAGCGUACACUCGCAUAUGUGGACGAGAGAAAAUAUUUUUCGUCGCUGCGACGAUCGAUUAUCGCGUUGGAAACGAGUGCCGUGGACGGAAUUCAAAAACGUACCGCGAAACGUAUCUUUUCCUGAAACGUCGAUAGUUGUCGCGCGUGUCACCACGAUUUUUAAAUUAUAGUUCAUAAAUUUCGGAUCUCCGUCGUCGCUGCAUUCUUGAGCACCGAUGGGGUGCUUGGGGUUAAGCAAACGCUGCCGCAUUCCCGUUUGUUGGUCUGUUUCGAAAUAGAAACGUGUAGAAGGGCUAGUUAAUAAGUGUUCGCCGCGUGAAAGACGAGACCAGAUAAUAGUGUCAACCCUAUGAAUAAUCUGAAACCCACUGGCGCCUCCUUGUUUACUUUCUUCGUCUAUGCGCCGUUUCCGGUCUCACUGAAACUUUCGAGUCUUUAUCUAUCUAUAUUGCUUCCCGUCCUCUGUCUAAUUUCCAAUUCUUUUGUCAUUCGUUGAAUAAUUUAUAAUUCCACGACUUCUGUUCUAUUAUAUUAUAUUACAACUUUAAAUUGAAGCCAUAACAUUUGCACCGCAGUGAUAACGGCAUCAUUAAAAGUUUGUUUAAAAAACAGGUACAUUUAAAUGCCUGAUUUUUUUAAGGUUAAUCAAUUUCCUAGGACCUGUAUGCAUGUAAAAUAAUUUGCUCGAAUUCGCGGAGAAAUUGUAACAGCGAUAAUAGUUGAUUGAUAAGUUGCGGUCUCGUUUACGAGAACAUACGAGGUCCAUUCAUUCGUUCGUGACUCGUUUCUCUAGCGAUUUAAAGAGCUCUCGUCGACGAAACGACGACCUCGUGGCUCGAUUAGUCUAAAACAUCGCUCGAUUCACGGUACAUUAACAGAAUCUUCUUUUAUCGCUUCGUAAUACAUAGUGCGUAAACAGUGUGUAACACGUGUAACACCAUUAAAAGAUACGGGCACGGAACAGAACAUGUUGUGCAAUCGGACUUCGACGUUGGGAAAAAUCAAAGUCAAUUUAACCCACGAAUCAUCUACGCACGGCUGGUAUAACGUUCACGUGAUCGAUUUCAUGGGGUUUGCGAGAUAAUAGAAAGAGUACAGUGAUAUAUAACAUAUAUGUAUGUAUAUGCGUUCCGCUUGAAUGUUUACUUUCCUAUACGUUCCUUGCAUUUCCUUCAACCGUUUCCUCUUAUCUGUUAUCUAGCCGGACGAGCUUUCCUGUGUUAUCGUUUCCCUUUCUGGGACCCCCAUGCUCUCUUACUUCUUCUCUUUUAAUCCUUCGAAAUAUGUCUAGAACUUCAGUGUUUCGUUUUCAAGUUAGAUCUUCUUCUACGUAGAAGAUAUACUUCCAUGGUGAUAUGUCAUUCAAAAUACGCGAGUGAGUCAAAAAGAUGGUGGUUGCUACUUAGAUACUGUUACACGUUUUUUAGCCUGAGAGCGUGCAUCGAUUGCUCGAAGUCCAUCGAAGUUCCAAAAGACAGUUUCGCUUUCUUUCUUCUUAGAUAAGACAAUUGAAUAUUUAUAGCGUCGACGACGAAAAUGUAGCUUUUGACCCAUCAAUUUUGAUUAAAAUUUCGUAGGAUGAAAGAAUUUCCGAUUUCGAAGAGAAAAAAUUGAGAAUACAGAGUACGGUCGAGCGAUAAAUAAUCAUAAAUCUAGGCAGCGAUAACAUUGUAGACUUUUUCAUGCUAUGUGCUUGUUGGUGUAUAUAAAUAUUACGAAACACGUACCACACUUUGCCUUUUCUUGGCCCUUAAGCCUCCGUUCGAAUUUUCUUGCUUUAUCACGACGGAAAGUAGGUCUUCGUAUCACGCAACCCGGUAUUUAUCAUCGACUACACGCCCUCCUCGUUCAACUUUGUUGUUGGCAUGACAUUUGUCACUUUUCUCCUACGUUUCUCCCAUUACGUUAGUUACUAUUAACUCGUGAAGUACUUGUUUGCCUUGGAAAUCGCGUUGAAACGUGUCUAUGAUAUUCGCAUCGUUGCAAACGAAACGGUUAAUAAACUUGUACGCGCGCGAGAAUGUUGUUCAUAAUCGAGAGUCAUAAAACCAUAAAGUAAUCGACUCGAUUAUUCCAUUCUAUACCGCUACGACAAUAAAGUUAUAAAUACAUACUUAUUUCAAAGGGGAUACUUUACGAAUAGGACAAACCUUCGACUACCAAUUUCAUCAAUUUCUGUCUUCAGAAAUUUCCAACUUUUCUGCGGAAAAUCAUAAAUUUAUUACGAGUAAUAAGAAACUUUAGUCCGAACAACGGUCGUUAUCGAGCGAAUGAACAAGAAGGGACAGCCCUAACUGUACCGUAUAAGAAGGUAGGUUUGCUGUUUACGAAAUGUUCUGAAAAGCCGACGACCAGGUAAGGCUAUUAUAUGAAACGCAGGUGUUGAUGCAGAUGUCGUGUAACAGACGGUGCAGUGGUGCGAUCAUGUGAAACUCGAAAUGUUGUGAUGGCUGGAACAUCGCGACGUCCGAGCUCCGAGCUUGGACCCGACCUCUCGUCCCCAACGCCGCCGAAGAAGUCCAAGUUCUCCUCCGAGUCCUCCGUCGAGGGAACAUCGGAGAAAGAGCAUGAGUUGAGCACGGAAGAACUGGAGAGGUCGGUGGUGGCAUCGUUGUCCGGGAAGACGUUAGAGCUGAUCCCUGGAGGCGCUUCAGGUUCGAGUCCGUUCGAGAUCAAACAAACUAGUUUGGAAGGUUCGGUGAAAGUCACAGCUGGUUGUUCAAAGGAGGCCCACUUCGGUAGCUUUGAAACGAUCAUGCAAAUGAAGUACAGUGGCCCCGAGGAACAACUAUCCAGCUCGAGUAAACGGUCAGACACAGAUAGUGACGUGCAAAUUCAAACUUCGCUGUUAGGUGAAGACGCGUUGUAUCAGGAGUUGUCGUUGAUCGGAAAUGGCGCAUAUGGCACCGUCUACAAAGCCAAGGAUCUCAACACUGGACAGGUUGUCGCCCUGAAGAAAGUUAGAGUGCCCCUCACGGAGGACGGUUUACCCACUUCUACGCUCAGAGAGAUCGCUACCUUGAAGCAGCUCGAAAGAUUCGAACAUCCGCAUAUUGUAAGACUACUGGACGUUUGCCAAGGAAAUUACCUGCAUUUGCCCUCUGCUGACGGUAGAUCGGAGAGGCUAGAUCGUGGACUGACCCUAUGGCUGGUGUUCGAGCACGUAGAAAGAGAUCUCGCUUCUUACAUGGCCUCGUGUACACGGCCAGGUAUACCGCCUCAUCUUGUAAAGCAAAUGUCCAAGGAGAUACUCAGGGGUGUCGAGUUUUUACACAGCCACAGGAUCAUACACAGGGACUUGAAGCCUCAAAAUCUGCUCGUGUCCAGGGAAGGAAGAAUAAAGAUAGCAGAUUUUGGAUUGGCUAAAACGUACGAUUUUGAAAUGAGAUUAACUUCCGUGGUGGUAACGCAGUGGUACCGUGCCCCAGAAGUACUCUUAGGCUGCUCUUAUGCAACUCCUGUCGAUAUUUGGUCCGUGGGUUGUAUAUUAGCAGAGUUGAGUAGACUCAAACCUUUGUUCCCUGGUACAAGCGAAGGUGAUCAACUGGAUAGGAUUUUUCAAGUUAUAGGAACUCCAUCGCAAGAAGAAUGGCCGGAAAAUGUGUCUCUUAGUUGGACAGCGUUUCCCUACAGACAACCAAAACCUCUUGCGGCGAUAAUACCUGAUCUCAACGAGCAUGGACUAGAUUUAAUUAAAAGUCUGCUUAUGUUUGAUCCUCACAGUCGAUUGACUGCUACUCAAGCACUCAGACAUCAGUACUUUGCCGAAGAUGACUCGUGAUGAGUAUUUUUUUCACGACUAUUUUUGUCACUUUCCAGUCUUUUCUUUUUUUUCUUUUACGUGCAGACUGACGUUACGGUAUCCAAAAAUACGUAAGCGUAUUAUUUCGUAAGAUCGUUGUAAAACAUUUUUUUUUGUUUUUUUUGGUAAGAUUGUAUAGUUUAUCGCGAGUACAGUACAGUACGAUUUAUGAAUACUUUUUUCUCAUUUAGAAAUUAUGAUUGUAAAGUACAUUUAUUAUAUUCUAUAGAACUAUCAUCGUAUUUAAUUCAUAUGACCAUUAAGUUACUUCGAACAUCAUCAUAAUUUAAGUUUUCGAUUUAGUUAAGCGACCGUACGAUUGUCGCCGUUGGCGAAUUUAGCGAUUAACGUUCUUGGUAUAUUAUUUAUUUAGAUAACGUUUAAUUAGACUUUACGUUACUUUCGUUUCCACGAUACUGGUGAGUCCAGACUAAUCGAUGUUCCAUUUAUUUUAUAGAGUUUUUCGGUUACGUAGGAGGUAAUGUUCUUUCCACUUGUAGAUAAUUAGGUUUACGAAUGCGCACCAAAAAUUAUUUCGUAUAACGAUUGACUAGGUGUGCCUUCCAAUGUCGCUAAAUAUUGGUAUUCCAUGCCUUAAUUUUCUAUGUAAUUAAAGUUAAUGAUAAGCGUAUACCGUUAAGUAACGUUAUUCUCGUAAGACUGGGGCCUCUUUGACCCGUUAGAUUCUUCGGAAAGAUAUAGGAUCUUCCGUAAUAAAAAAAAACCAGAAAGUACACUGCCAUAUGUAUGUAAAACGAAGUAAUUAAUCAUGUUUAAUACUGUAUUUUAUGUUCAGUAUGUGUAUAAAUCUUAAGUUUACGAGCAAUAUUUAUAUAUAGAUAUAUUAUAUAUACAUAAAUACACAGUUUGUAAAGAAGCGUACGGAGGACCUUUAAAAAAGACUGUACAACAAAAUAAAGAUUUUAUAGUUUUA